UUACACAGUGGAAGAAAAAACCCCAUCACUUUCACUUCCCAUAUAUAUACUGUAUACACACUGAAUAUGACUAAACUUUUUUUAUAUUAAUUAUAAUUGUCAGUAAGAGGGGGAGAAAUUCAAGAUUUUCAUAUUUAAUUCCGUUAUUCUCGCGGGCUGUUAGAAUCCAGUGUAAAUCUGUGCUUUUAAGGUUUUGCUAAGCAAUCGAAGUCAAGGUAGGAGAACGAGGAUUUGCAAGAAAUGAGGGGCAAAGGGAUUGGUAGAGAAAGAGUGAAACGGCAGUUUUCUGAACAUAUGCAUUUGAAAAUGUCUUGGAUUCAGCAUCAAAUCAACCAAAAAGAUGGAGUUUUAACAUACCAACCUCCUGUUUAUCCUGUAUCAGCUUCCCCUUAUGUCCACAAUGAAUCGAGCCCUUCUCCGUCUUCGUCUGGUACUAGGAUUAGUCCUGUUGUUCUCUUCAUUAUAGUAAUUUUAGCUGUUUUGUUUUUCGUAUCGGGUCUUCUCCAUUUGCUUGUUAGAUUUCUUACGAAAAAUUCAUCCUCCUCACAGUCGAACCGGGAUUUGGGUGUUUCGGGCUCUGAUGUUCUCCAAAGACAACUGCAACAACUCUUCCAUUUACAUGAUUCUGGUCUGGAUCAAGCUUUUAUUGAUGCAUUGCCAGUGUUUAUGUAUAAGGAGAUUGAGGGUUCACAAGAGCCCUUUGAUUGUGCAGUUUGCUUGAGCGAAUUUUCUGAGAAGGACCAAUUGAGAUUGCUUCCGAUUUGUAGCCACGCAUUUCAUAUCAAUUGUAUUGAUACUUGGCUCUUAACGAAUUCAACAUGUCCUCUCUGUAGAGGGACUCUUUUCAAUCCCGGUUUUCCCACGGCAAACCCUAUUUUUGAUUACGAUGAUUUUAGGGAAGAAGAUAGACAUCCCACUAAUGUAGAGAACAGGAAUUCUUUCGGUGAGAAGACAGCAGAAAUUGAGGAAGUUGCAGUAGAAAAGGCAGUUUUACCCGUGAGGCUUGGUAAAUUCAGAAAAUUGAACGAGGAAGAAGGGGAAUCACCGGGAGAGUCUAGUGAUAGUAAAUUGGACGUUAGAAGAUGUUACUCUAUGGGUUCAUAUCAGUAUGUAGUUGGCGGUGCUAAUCUCCGGAUACCCUUGAGCCUUGAUCGAAUUCGUUCUGACGCGAAGCUGGUCAAAGGGACGGAACAAAUUAGCAAUCCUCCGAGUGAAGACGGGAAGAAGAUUAGUAUUGGGACAAGAACUGAUAGCUAUUCUGUUUCCAAGAUAUGGCUGUGGUCGAAGAAGAGCACUUAUGCAAGUUCUUCAGAUGCCCAAAUGGAGUAUCCGUCUUCUCUUAAUAUGGACUUACCAUAGAUGCAGAGAACAGAAGGUGUCGGAAAGGUACAUUAUCAUUUUGGGAUUAAUCUUGUAAUGGUGUCUUUCUACUUUAUCGAAAUUUAAUUUACUCUGCUUCAAUAAAAUUUGGUGAUAGUCUAUAACAUGAUAUAUAUCCAUAAUUGAUGCGAA